AUGUAUUGCAAAUUAUAUUAUGCAGCAUUUCAGAAGUCUCAGGCUGUUAUACGUAAGGAUUCUCAAAGUGUUAAACCAGGAGUAACUGGAGGAGCUAUUCAGCUAUCGAACCGUGAAAGUAGGCACCAAAAAGACACAGAUAGCAUUUCUGAGGCUAACAAUCCGAAGCAAAAAGGAAUGAUUCUUCCAUUUGAACCACAUUCUAUCACCUUUGAUGAUAUCAAGUACUCAGUUGACAUGCCACAGGAAAUGAAAAGUCAGGGCAUCCUCGAAGAUAAACUGGUGCUUUUGAAGGGUGUGAGUGGUGCUUUUAGGCCAGGUGUUCUCACAGCUCUAAUGGGUGUCAGUGGUGCUGGUAAAACCACUCUGAUGGAUGUGCUGGCGGGUAGGAAAACUGGGGGAUAUAUUGAGGGAAGCAUCACAAUUUCCGGUCAUCCCAAGAAACAAGAAACUUUUGCUAGAAUUUCAGGGUAUUGCGAGCAGAAUGACAUCCAUUCUCCACAUGUUACUGUUUAUGAAUCCUUGCUCUACUCAGGCUGGCUUCGCCUUCCUCCUGAAGUGGAUGCUGAAACCAGGAAGAUGUUCAUUGAGGAAGUCAUGGAGCUUGUGGAACUGAAUCCAUUGAGGGAUGCAUUAGUUGGACUGCCUGGUGUAAGUGGCCUGUCUACUGAGCAAAGGAAGCGGCUGACUAUUGCAGUUGAGCUGGUGGCAAACCCUUCUAUUAUAUUUAUGGACGAGCCUACUUCAGGUUUAGAUGCAAGAGCUGCGGCAAUUGUUAUGAGAACGGUUAGGAACACUGUGGACACAGGAAGAACAGUUGUGUGCACCAUCCAUCAGCCUAGCAUCGACAUAUUUGAAGCUUUUGAUGAGUUAUUUCUAAUGAAGCGCGGAGGAGAAGAGAUAUAUGUGGGGCCUUUGGGUCGACAUUCUAACCAGUUGAUCAAGUAUUUUGAGGGAAUCGAUGGAGUUCAGAAAAUUAGAGAUGGUUAUAACCCAGCAACUUGGAUGUUGGAAGUUACCAGUUUAGGACAAGAAGCGACUUUGGGUGUAGAUUUUGCUUCUAUAUAUAAAAAUUCAGAAUUAUACAGGAGAAACAAAGCACUUAUUCAGGAAUUAAGCAUCCCUCCUCCUGAUUCAAAAGACCUUUUCUUUCCUACACAGUACUCGCAGUCAUUUGUUGUCCAAUGCUUGGCUUGUUUAUGGAAGCAACAUUGGUCGUAUUGGCGCAAUCCUUCCUAUACCGCCGUAAGAUUUCUCUUUACAACCGCGAUAGCCUUGUUGUUUGGUACAAUGUUCUGGAACCUCGGCUCGAAAACGAAAAAGAAACAAGAUCUUUUUAAUGCCAUGGGUUCCAUGUAUGCUGCAAUUAUCUUCCUAGGAAUCCAAAAUUCAUCCUCUGUGCAGCCAGUUGUGGCUGUUGAAAGAACUGUAUUCUACAGGGAGAAGGCUGCUGGAAUGUAUUCAUCCCUUCCCUAUGCCUUAGCACAGAUCCUCAUCGAGCUUCCGUAUAUUUUCGUCCAAUCUGUGGUCUAUGGUCUAAUAGUCUAUGCUAUGAUUGGAUUUGAAUGGACUGCUGCUAAGUUCUUUUGGUAUCUGUUCUUCAUGUUCUUCACACUGUUAUACUUCACCUUCUACGGCAUGAUGACUGUAGCUGCAACACCAAAUCAACAUGUUGCAGCCAUAGUUUCAUCUGCAUUCUAUUCGGUGUGGAAUCUCUUUUCAGGAUUUAUAAUCCCGAGACCUCGGAUUCCUGUAUGGUGGAGAUGGUAUGCUUGGGUAUGUCCUGUGUCAUGGACCUUGUAUGGAUUACUUACUUCACAGUUCGGAGAUAUAAAAGACAAAAUUGAGACGGACGACACAGUCGAAGAUUUUGUUAGGAACUAUUUCGGUUUCAAACAUGAACUUUUAGGAGUUGCUGCAGCUGCAGUUGUUGGAUUUGCCACACUCUUUGGAUUUACCUUCAUCCUGUCCAUUAAGUUUUUCAAUUUCCAGAGGCGAUAG